AUGCUCACCAAUACACCAUUACUGCUGUUGAAUAAACAAUCCCGACGAUAUCAAACAAAACUCCGUCAUCGUUUCCGUCAACCAUCUGUGUUGCCCAUUCGUCAAACCGCCCAACAGCGGCGAAAUACAGUUCUUGAGGUUUUAAACCGCCGUCAAAUCAAUCCCGGCAAUCACGCGGCCUAUCACUAUGUGGAACAGCGUUUAUACUCCAAAGCCUCUCGUUUAGAUCGCGAGGGGGUAAAUCUCAACAAGACGUACGCCCUGCAGGGACUUGGGGAUUUGGAACCCUUGCGGAAUAGUGCCAACUUUGGUCUCUCAGAGAAGGAGGCAUUAAAGUAUGAAAGUUGGGAGGAACGGGCAAAGUAUACACCUCCACCGGUUCCAUUUACACCAUUAGCCGCGAGGAAAUUAGCAACUGGGGCUUUAUGGCCAUCCGCACCGGAACCAACGGGAAUGAUUAGUAAAGAAGUUCGUUUUCUUCGACAUGAAUCUAAUAUGUCUCCAAGUGCUCGUGUCUUUUGUGAACGAGUAGCCUAUCAUUUAAGAAGAUCCUUAAAAGCAUGUCCAGCUCAUAUUGGAGAACGAAUAGAUUUUGCUCAAUUGAUUAUUCAAGAAGUAUUAGGUUCACGUCGAUCAAAGGAGAUUUAUAUUGUUUGGUCUACUAUUGAUCCUUCUGCACGGUUUGAGAUGGAGCCAUUAUUACAUCAAUUAAAUCAUUGGGUUCAACGAUUGAUUAUUCAACGUAUAAAGAAUCGUCCACAUAUUCCUCGAGUAUCAUGGAUUUACGAUGGUGGAAGACUCGAACGGGAAAUGCCGAGAGAGUUAAAGAGUGAAUUAGAAAACUUUGCAGGAGAAACAACUUCCACGUUGGAGUCUCGUGUAAAGUAUUUAAAAGAACUAGAUACGAUGAAUCAAAGGAUGAAAGAUAUUCCUUGGUUUAUGCCAUAUUUGUGGAAUAAGGAAGAAAAGGCUUCACGGCAUAAAACGAUGUUGGCAGAUUUGGCAGAAGUGGAUCGACGUAAACAACCGAAACAACAACAACAACGAGAAGGUGGAGGAGAAAGUUAUGGAAGAAGUUCUCCACCACAGACAAGUCCUCCUCCGCAGUUUAUUCGUUAA